AUGUCCGUGUCCCCUCCUACCAAUUCAAACGUUCCACCCAUUUCGGUUGGUUUAUACCGGUUACAAGAAGAUCCCGAUGCUUCUUUGGCCGGUAAAGAGGCAAGGGAAGUUGGUUAUGACUUCAUUACCCUCCCAAUCACUCUUCCAAGUUAUAGACGUUUCCUGUUUGAUCAACGACUUAACGAUAUAACGGUGUCGAGAGCCAUGGAGGAAUGGAGAAAAAGAUAUGUAUUUUCCAGCGAGGAUCUGGUGUUGAAGAAUGCCGCUUUGGUCGAUUAUGCUGUCGGUAAAGUCUCUGACUGGAUAGAUUUGGACUCUCCAGACCAUGAUAUUCGAAUAAAUUCGGAAAUAGCCCUGAAACAACAGAUUUCCUGGGCUGGACAUUUGGGUUUUUCUGCUGUGUUAGUUCCUUUUCCGACUGAAUCAUUAGCGAAUUAUGCAAGAAGUUUGAACUCUGUACUCGAAACGCUGACGUACACUAAUGUCUGGAUGAAAGUUCCUUUAACCUUCGAGACCGAGAUGUCCGAGACACAAGUUACUGUCACCUGGGAAAGAUGGAAUAAAUUCAGAACAUUCUGUGAACAUCCUACAAAAUUGUUCAUAGCUCUGGAAGUUACAGCACAGCUCCCCGAUGAUAAGAUUCUCGAUCGAUGGUUCGCGGAACCCGUUAGGACCAUUAUAUUACCAACGAAAAUUUUUCUAACCAAUGUCAAGGGAUAUCCAGUGUUAAGCAAAAGGCACCAAGCGUUUGUUAAAAAGUUUAUUAAGCGUAAGGCAAACUUUAUGAUUUUGGAUGAGAUGAGGGAGUCACAGGAUGCGAAAGGCGGUCUUGCGUCAUACCAGGAAUAUGUUCGUUAUCUGAAUCGUACUAUGCCAGAAUUGACCCAGGUUGAAAAAUUUUCCACGGGUUAUCAGGACUUUCUGCAGUCACCCUUACAGCCUUUGAUGGACAAUCUAGAUUCAUCCACCUACGAAGUAUUUGAAAAGGACCCUGUGAAAUAUGUAUUAUACGAGAAGCGUUCGGUAUUUAACGAAGCGAUAUAUCACGCUCUCAUGGACGUGUCUCCGGAUUCUGAGGAACCAACGGUUAUAAUGGUGCUUGGAGCAGGUCGUGGGCCUCUGGUCACUCGCAGUCUGUUCGCUGCGGACAAAGCUCAAAAGCAUGUUAGGGUAUAUGCCGUUGAAAAGAAUCCGAAUGCCUUUGUCACUCUACAGAAUAUGAAAGCAGAUGUGUGGGGAGACAGAGUAACAAUUGUAUUUUCCGACAUGCGCCGCUGGAAAGCUCCAGAAAAGGCAGAUAUACUUGUCAGCGAACUUUUAGGCUCAUUCGGAGAUAACGAAUUGUCCCCAGAAUGUUUAGAUGGCGCACAAAAGUUCCUGAAACUUGGCGGAAUAUCCAUACCUGCAUCAUAUACAACUUUUAUUUCUCCGCUCUCUUCGACCAAACUUUAUAACGAAGUUGCUGCUUACAAGGACCUUGCCCAUUUUGAGACUCCGUAUGUCGUGAUGUUUCAAUCUAUCACGGAAUUGGCUGAGCCACAAAAAAUAUGGAAAUUCGAGCACCCUAACAAGUCGAUUAAGACUGAUGAUGAUAAAAUGCCGAUUAACAAUUUUCACAACACUCGCUAUUCCAAGCAAGUGUUCGAAAUAAAAGAAAGCGGCUUGUUGCACGGUAUUGCCGGAUAUUUCGAAUCGGUGUUGUACAAGGACAUUCUGAUGAGUAUCCUUCCGGCCACACAUUCGGAAGAUAUGUUCAGUUGGUUUCCCAUCUUCUUUCCCUUAAGAACGCCGAUAUACUUGCCAGCCGGUACAAAAUUAGAAAUCCAUUUUUGGAGAUUGACAAAUCACGCGAAAGUGUGGUAUGAGUGGAGUGUAUGCACCUCAUGCUCUUUGAACGGUGAAACAGUUUCCCUUGGUUCUUCG